UGUCAGCUGUCACAUGUUUUAGGAUGAGAACCCACCAGUUCGGCCCUCGCAACACAAACAAGCGCUUUCCAGAUUUACUUCCAGUGUCAUGCUGACAGAAAGUGCAUGUGCAGGGAGGUAAUGAGGAACUUGCAGUGUGUCACGUUAAAUAUUGAUAAGUGGGGAUGAAAGUGCAAUGUGACAGCAGGAGACGUUAUGAUUUUCAGUAAACAUCACUUUGCGCCGCAUGUAUGUAUUCAUUAUUCAGAAUGCUCAUUGUGAUUUAGGCGGUGUCACGCUGAGUGUUGUGGUGUAAGUACUCGCAGUGUGAAAAGCUGUCUCACGAACAGUGUUUCCUGUGUACGGCUGCAUGUUGUCGUGUUGUUGUGUGUUUUUCGCCAAGUGCGUCAACUCCCCUCCCCUUUUUUCCAAAGACGAGUCAGGAGGAUGGCGAGUUUUUAAUUGCCCGAAGGUAUGAAUCAGUGCUUUUGCUCGUCACAUGAUGGAUUGAUGAUCUUUUGGUCAAAAGUGUCUCCUUUGCUACGUCCUAUCGCACCUAUCUGCUCGUCACGGCAUCAAAAGUCCAUCGAUGGGCAAUGGGACAGUGACGCAAAUUAACACAACUUGGGGAAAGUAUUGUGAUACUCAAGUUGUCUUAUCCUUAUAUGGAUGAUUUGCACUUGGAGGGAAUUAAGUCAGUGAUCCGUGUGGCUCAUUUGGCGUGCUAGUCUGAGCGAUCAUGUGAUUCCAGUCCGCUAGAGGAUUGGCAUGAGGCUGCUGUCACAUGUCAGUCAGGAGGAGAGUCACAUGAUGGAUGGAAACAAAUACCAAUUCUUGGAACAAACAAGCUAAUUUUCUCGACUUGUUCAAAUUGAAUCAGGCACAUUCUGAUGCACAAGCACAAUGUGGGAUGGUGAGAGCGAUGCACUGCAGAGAUUUGGAUUAUAGAGUCAGAUACACGGCUGAACUGAAGCUCUAGAGAUGAUAAACAAAUCUACAAGUCAGGUGACGUAUCGAGUUGUUCAGGUGACUGACCAGCACCUCGAGGGUCGAGACGAUGGGGGUGGAGCAGUGAGCGUCGUCUCAACAGCUGCCUUCGCUGGGGCUCCUCAGGCUGUUGCUCAGGCUGUGAUCCAAAACCCUUUCAGUAAUGGAGGAAGCCCAGCAGGAGAGGCGGUGGGAGGGGAGACGCGCUUCGCUUACUUCCCCGCCACCGCGGUGAGCGAUGGGACUGUGUCUGUGCAGACCGCCGCGGACCCUACACUCACACAGGCAGGGGCCACAGGUCAGUUCUACGUGAUGAUGACCCCACCUGAUGCCAUUCAGGCAGGAGUGCAACGAAACAUUGCCCCACGCACACAGUCCUUCCCUGCAGGUGAAAACGAGCUGCUGCAACAUGAAGGUUUAGACUGGAAAAUGGAUGGACCGCGAACACCGAGAGACGAAAGAAGGAGAGCGCAACAUAAUGAAGUUGAGAGGCGGCGAAGAGACAAGAUCAACAACUGGAUUGUCACCCUCUCCAAGAUCAUCCCAGACUGCAAUAUCGACAGCACCAAGACCGGAGCAAGCAAAGGAGGCAUCCUGUCCAAAGCCUGCGACUACAUCCGUGAGCUGAGGCAAAGCAACGUGCGGUUUCAGGAGAGUCUGAAGGAAGUGGAGAGGAUACAAGUGGACAAUGAGUUGUGCAGGCAGCAGAUUGAAGAGCUGAAGAACGAGAACGCUUUGCUCCGAGCACAACUCCAGCAGCACGGCAUCGAGAUGGUUGGAGAGACGCCGCCGCAGUGAAGGAGGAGGACGAAAAGAGUGGGGGGGGGGGGGACAAGCACCGCCACUCAGACACGCAACCAACGCGGUGGCGGCGGCGGCGGCGACAUCACGAGGAAAACAAGGACUUUGUGAAGAAUCACUUUCUUUGAAGGCGUCCUUCCCUGGGCUCCCAGAUUGCGACCCCUUCACCGGCCCGUUGGCUGUACUUGACUGUUCCAAUCACAUUGAGAUAACAACCCGUUACAGCUCAGUAGAAAUGUGCUCAGCGAGAAGAUUCCCUCUCACCACCAUCAGAGUGCUUCACUAGCUACCACGAAGGAGAACCUCUGCUGAACUCCUCCCCUGUUUUGUAUUUUUGUUGCCUCACUCAUGGACUAUGAUGUUUGUCAUAUAAUUUGGCUCCAUGACAGUGUAUACCCCCCCACACCCCACCCCCAACCACACCCUCAAUUAUAAAUUUUACUUAGUUCAUGCUUUUUUUUCUUUCUGUUUGUUUUUUUGAGUUGUGUAUUAAUAUGUUGUUUUUAGCUGCUUUAAUUUAUUAGUCUGCAUGCUGACAGAAGCCUUGAUGGAGACCAGUUACACUGAAGCUCGUGCACCCCAGGGACGCAGAUUGAAUUUCAAGUGAAAAACAUCAAACGUCUGAGACACAUUAUGAUUCUGCAGAGUGAAAAUAAUGUGACACACACACACACACACAUAGCUUACCUAGACCCAAAGACAAACAGGGAGCUGUGCUGGCCUUUGCUUCCGGGCUGAAUUAUGUAAAUAGGACUUCUCGUGUUUUAAUACAGAUGUUACAGAAUGUUAGGGCAGAUUUUUUAUCUCUGGGAGUAAACAAUCAAUAACUCAUUAACUUCACACUGGCCCCCGUUUGUCACUCUUAUCACCAUGAAGUGUGUGUGUGUGUGUGUGUGUGCACGCUUCCAGCUGGAUUUGAGAGACAAAAAGAAAAAGUGGCAUACUUGAAUUCUUGGGCAUUUGCUUCACCCAGAAAAAAAAAUAACUAAAAAAAAAAUUAAAAAAGACUUGAGAAGUUCCAACUGUUAAAAUGCUUCUCAGUUACAAAUGGAACACGCCCGGCUCUCUGGAAGUGUGGACCCGGGGAGGAGUGCAGCACAAAUUCCAACUUUUUGCUAACCCAUAUACACAUGUAGGCACUGUGGUUUUCAUUCUCAUCUUUUGUUCAUGUGACUUACUGGUGUCUCAGUACCUAUAAAAAAAAAAAAAAUAAUCCCCGUCGCUUCAUUUCAAGCUGUUUGCUCUAUUUUGGUAUUGCAACACUUCAAAUGCUCAACGCACAAGGGGAGCGAGGCACCCUGGAGAGCCGCUCUCAAAGACUGUCUGCUCACUAUGGAGCAGGAGAGAUUCUGGUGCUGCACUUGUUAAGUUGAGCACGACUCGUUCUCCAUGAAAAGGCGGAGUGGUUAGAAAGUGUGUGGGGGGGGGGGGGGCGGACUUGGAAGCGAUCGUUGCUCUGCUUCCACUCAGGCAAAACAAUUAGUAAAACUGUAAACGGCUGCACAAACAGCAGAAGCCAAUAUUAACAUUGUUGAUGUAUUUUUUGUUGUUGUGAAUGAAUCUACAUGAUUUGUUGCUCUGCUCUGGGCCAUGUGAGUGGAAGUGGAAGAAGGAUAUCGCGCUUCAGAACCACUUAUUAGAGCACAACCGCUUCUACAACAGCUUAGGAUGCAGCAAAAAAAAAAAAAGCAACAAUCAGGUAUCACAUUUAAAAACCGUUUCUGCUUCUGCCGCUAGAUUCAAACCCCGAUGAGCUAGUGCUAGUGUCUGAUCUAUCCAAUGUGGCUCCUGUAGCCCAGGUUGACUGAUGAGAAACUUUGCAGUAGAUUUCUUUCUUUUUCUUUGUUUGUUUUUUUGUUUUUUACACCUCAGUGAGAGGGGGAGCAGAGAAUGUGAAGACAUCAAUAAUACGUUUGGAAAGAAAACAUGUUCAGAAAAUGAAAAGGUCGUUCAUGGCUAAUUCUUUUUUUCUUCUUCCUCUUGUUUUUCUUUUGAAAUGGCAAAAGAGCGAGGAAGGGAAAAAACAACCCCUCUGUCUGUAGCAGCCUCACUGUUCUCAGGUUAGAUAGGAAGACGUCUUUUACAGUAAAAUGGAAAAUAAACUUUCACUAGCUAAUAACCUU